AUUUUUCACAGUAACCUUUCCUGUCUGCCUGGUGGUGCGUUUGCGCCUCCUGUCUUGAAAGGGAGGUGAGGAAUAGUUUACUUUUCAGAGUUCAAGGUUUGGUUUCGGUGUCCGUCGGGAGCAAAAGGGUUUUGCCGAGGCAGAAAGCACCUUUUCAGAAGAUGCUGAACAUGUGGAAAGUUAGGGAGUUGGUCGACAAAGCAACCAAUGUAGUGAUGAACUACUCGGAGGUGGAGUCUAAAGUCAGAGAAGCGACCAAUGAUGAUCCAUGGGGACCAUCAGGACAGUUAAUGACUGAAAUUGCAAGAUCCACCUUCAUGUAUGAGCAAUUCCCAGAGGUGAUGAACAUGCUGUGGGCUCGCAUGCUGAGGGACAACAAAAAGAACUGGAGGAGAGUCUACAAGGCCCUGCUGUUGUUGGCCCAUCUAAUCAGAAAUGGAUCAGAGAGGGUUGUAACCAGCGCCAGAGAACAUCUCUAUGACCUGMGAUCAUUAGAAAGUUACCACUUUGUAGAUGAGAAUGGGAAGGAUCAGGGUGUAAAUGUGCGUCAGAAGGUGAAGGAGCUCGUGGAGUUUGUUCAGGAUGAUGAAAGGCUUAGAGAAGAACGAAAAAAGGCUAAAAAGAACAAAGACAAAUAUGUUGGUGUAUCCUCUAACUCUAUGAGCUAUAAAGGUUACUCUGGCGACAGGUACGACUCCAGCGACAGUCGAGGAAAGUGGGACGAUGAUUGGGACAAAAGUAAAGGUCCUUUUCCCUUCAGUGAAAAGUUUGGGGAGAUUCGGGACACAAUUGGUAGUACCAUUGAUGAUACCAUAAACAGGUUCAGGAAGAAGGACAGAGAUGACUCACCAGACCGAAUCAGUGACAAUGAAGAGGACCGGGAUCGUUCGUCUUACAAUGGUCGGACAAAGAAAGAGUUCAAGGAUGACGAGGAGACUGUUACAACCAAGAGCAUACAGAUUGUCCAAGCAACAGAAACAACAGCAUCAAGAAAAAAAGGAAUGCCGUCCAAAAAAGUGGACCUGGGAGCUGCAGCUAACUACACAGGAGACAAGAGCCCAGACACCACAGUCAGACAGACCCAGCCUGCAGCUGCUCCCCAACCUGCCAGCACAGGCCUAGCUGACCUAUUAAUGGUGGACACAACACCUACCCAGCCUGCUGCCACAGACUUCAGUGGAUUUGCUGACUUCUCACCUGCUGCCUCAGCUGGACUGUCCUCAGGACCUGCCCCAGCUAUGACCUCGAGCACCAAUGGAGACUUUGGUGAAUGGAAUGCCUUUCCUGGAGGUCAAAUUCCAGCAGCUGUUCAGAGUGCUGACACAAGUGGAAAUGACUUUUUUGGAGCCAUGACAGCAGGUUCUCCCACUGCCCCGGCUCCAGCUCCAGCCUCUGGUCCCGCUUCAGCAGACCUGUUUGACUUGAUGGCGCCAACUCAAUCCAUCACCUCCUCCCAGAGCCUCAAUUUCAGCAUGAACAGCACACAGAGCCUGAGCACCACAGUCCUUCCCCAGUCCAUGUCACAGAACAUGGGGGGUCCUCUACAACCACAACUGGUGCAGCAUGGAGGGCCCGCUCAAAGUGCAGGAGCCAAAGCAUCUCUYCCGUCCACCUGGUCGGACCACUCUGUUAACAUCAGCUUGGACUUUCUGGGCCCAGGCCAGAUGCCUCCUAAGCCUAACCAGCCUAGUCUCAACACCCUCCAGCAAGGCAAUCAGCCACCUGCCAACAUGCUCUCCCAGGGAUUUUCUAAUAUGAGUCUUGGAGCAACAACUGUGAGGCCACCUGUUCAUGCCAUGAUGCACCCCGGUGCUGGCAUGGGCAUGGCUCCUAACCAGGGCAUGAUGGGGAUGGGCAUGAACAUGGGGAUGCCACAGACAGGUAUGACCAUGGGGAUGCCUGGUGCCAUGGGGAUGCCUGGUGCCAUGGGGAUGGGGAUGGGAAUGGGGAUGAACCCUGGAAUGGUCCAACAGCCCAAACACGAUGCCUUCGCUGACUUUGGCAACUUCGGAAAGUGAUGGAAGCGGCAACGAUUAUCAGAAGUGGUGGCAGCAUCUUGUCGUCCGUCGGUGAAGGAUCAUCAUGAGCUCCAAACAAAGAGUACUUGAAAUAUUGUCAAUCUUCUUACCAACAACCCUGCAAUCUCAAUUGUUUUUUUUAAGUUAUGUAGUGAUGUGGAUCUAAAUGAAUGUGUGUUGAUUGAACCAAUGAUCUGUGUGGUCUAGGAUGGUGGUGAGACAGACCCACUGAAGUUAGUGCGUCUUUUCGUCUAAUUAUUGAGUCAUUGAGAAAGUGCCUGAGAAAAUGGGGAUUUGCUUUAUAACCUCAAAUCAAGUGAAAUCAGCUGAGUAGCGAAGAACAUAUUAGUAGCUGCAGAUUUAUUUUUGUUGAGAAUGCCUUCUCAAUAUCUUAACCUAAUCGUAUAUUUGGAUAACAUGAUCAACCAUUUUAACUUUCUAAUGUAUAUUGAAGAAUGUCAAGUUACCUCUUUGUUUUUCUUUUUGGUUCUCUUUCUUCAUACGACAUGUAAAUAGAAAUUUUGAACCCCUGCAAUAAUUUAUGAAGUAGCAGUGUGUCAAGUUGUACCAUACAGACCAAACCUGUGUGAAUGAAGAUCUAAACAACAUUACAUCGUCUGUACAUAGGUGUCAGCACUCCAAAUGUGGCUUUAAGUACACUUGGGGUUGUUCAUGACCAUUUGCAGUGAAMGCUGUAAGGAAUUUCUCCUUUAGUAAAACAUAAUUUGUGGCCUUUAUUAUUAGAAUAUAUCUAUUUUUUACUUAUGAAGAAUAGUCAGUUUGUGUCCAAGCAAGAUAAUCAGGAACAGAAAAGUUUUYAUGAGUGCUUAUGGGGUCUUCAUUACAGCACACACAGUGCCUGAAAAAUCUCUGCCUGCUCUCCUCGGCUAACCCUGAAGGAGACAGGAGGACUGCAGAAAACUGAAGUUUUUGUCUUGUGUAGCCAAGUAUGCUGUCUGCACAGAUUACAUGCAAAUGAUAUAAUUGUUUUACUAUAUUUUGUUCCUCCCAAGCACCUUUUUUAAAAAAGAAAAUGUUUCCAAUUUGUUCAAGCCAGUGCUUGCUUGCUUGCAUAUAUAUAAAAAACCCACAGAGGACCUCAGGUUUUAUCUCAGACUGUUAAGAUUGUAAAAUGCAUCUGUGUGUUAAAUGUUACUCUGUGCUUCUUGGUUAAACAGUUCCUUCCAGUUUCAUUAAUGUUGCACAUCAAUACAACCACUGUGGUGUUCCUUUUAUCAUCGGAACAAUGAGUCCAAGUCCUUGUGUUUUACGACAUAUUAGGUUUAUAAAACCGGGGGAGGGUGGGGUUCAGGUUGUACACGCCCAGAAUGUUAAAGGAAAACUUGAUCGAAUUAAGACAUUUGUGUUAGAUGUGCACACCUCACCUUUGUGCUUCAAGUGCCUGCUGAUGGGUGCUUCCUGACCCUCACAACCACUGACUGAUAAUCAAAAUUGAAUCGUAGCGGCCUGACAUUACUAUAUAUGUGUGUUCUUUUUUUUUUUUUGUACGUCUGAGAUAAAUAAUUUACUGACAAGAGGACAGUGGAUUCAGCAGCCUCAAGAGGACGAGGACUGAACUUGUACCUUCCUUUUGUCCCAAGGGCUCGAGGCUGAGCACAGUAACACAGAGUAGCCUUUGCAUUGAUGUCUGAAGCAUUAAAACAAAUGACCAAAAUCUAUUUUUGUUUUCUAAUGUUUAUCAAUAGAAAUUGUUUAUCUGCUUGUUUUCUACUUUCAAUCGUUCUGCUCCUUUUUUAAAAACUGAAUUGUUACUGAAACACUAGGAUAUGCAAAUGUACGGGGUAGAAGAUAAAAAAAAAACCUUUGAGAAAAUGACAAAUUUCUUUUUGCAUUAUUCCMAUUCUGAUUUGAUUUACACAACGAGAUUCCUUCUGGAGAACAUUAAACAGUUGAUUUAAAUUUGUUAA